AUGCCACUUCUCGAUUCCGGAGAUGAACUCAGCCUGAGGCAUCUUCCUGAUGCAUCGGACACAUCGUUCUCGUUUCAAAUACCUGGGACGACGCAGAAUGAGAAUCUCCUCGCCGAGGUUGACCUAGACUUCUUUCGGGGUGCUGAUUUAUCUGUCACUGCACCAACCCCGUCGGUUUUGCCGCCUUCAUCCGCGCACGGACCGUUGACUUUCAGUCAACUUACGCCUAGGCCCUUUGCCGAGAAAGCGAAGGAGACGAAUAACUCGAGGAAGCCAUUUCCGACGCUGUCGUGGCAGCCUUCUGAAGACUCGGGCUACCAACGCGAGAACGUAGAACCCAAGACACGCCAUCAACGCCCGGAAUUGAAACUGAACACAAACAGUUUAGCAAGCCCGAAACCGAAGAUUAAUCUAUCAAUGCCAUUAGCCCGUCUUCCUUCCGCUGAAGGGUCGCCCGUCGGUGUGCGUUUGGAAGUUCCUAGUCUAGAAGUGGAGGUUUUGAAGCAGGAGCUGCCUGUCGAAGCUUCAGCUGACAACAACGUACCCCUUGCUGCGCAUGACGAUCGAAAACCGAAAGGGAUUAGGAGGCGAUCUCUUGAGAAAAAGCAGAUGACUAUACGGGAGAAACCUGGUGUGCGCAAUAGGCAGAAACUGAUUGAGGGCGGAAUCAACAAGAUGCGGAGAACAAGCACCAACAAGAUGGCCGAGACAGCUGUUCGCGCCGUUAGAGGUUCCAUUCUUACUCAACCAGCAGACCCCGCAUUCCCAUCAUCACGACAACCUGCGCGCACUGACGAACUCAAUGGAGACGAACCAUCUCUUGCCGAUACCAGCGUGACUUCAUCUCUUGGAGGAGUAGCUGCUCGCCUGCUACAAUACGGUCAACAGCUCGUCAACUCCUUUGGUGCCGAUACGUCUGCGCCCGCGAAUUUGAUCCCGAGUGACAUGCCCCAGCCUUCUGUACCUGUAUCCCAGGAUCUGGAGUCAGCUGUCAGUGGGCACCUUGAACCAGCGGAGGCUAAAGAGGCGGAGGAAGAUGAUAGGUCCAAACCAUUGACUCUAUCACAACUUUCACCAAGAAAGGCAGCGACUCAGGCAACUGGCUCGAGACCUCCUACCCCACCGGCAAACGAGCCGAUGUCACCCUUGCGGCCGUCAACAAAGAGGCCGAUACCGAUGGCAGUCGCGUCAGAGAGACACAUACGCAAAAAAAGCAAAGGCGACGCAACCUCCGCGGCCGAGACCGCUCCACGCAAACUCGCAGGAAGCGGUUCUAGGACCCACCCAAAGCCCCAGCUCCCAGCAACGCGAAGGAACCCUCGCCCCGCGAACUUGUCGCGUUCUGGCUCUAGCUCAGGACCGAGCUCGAAGCCGGGUGAACGAGGAAUCUCGAAGGCGAAGAGCAGGGUGGUUUCCCUUCCCAAACCACCUCCGGCGUUCAAACCCGAAUGGAACGACAACGUCGCCGCGAAAUCCUCGUCGACCUCUGCGGCACAAUCACGGAUUUCCCGGAGUCAGAGUAAUCUCGACAGCAAGGCCACGAUGAGGCCGGCAAAUUCCCUGAGGGACAAAGGGAAGGGCUUGACCACUUCGGCAUCAUCUUCCUCGUCAAGCAGGUUAGGUGCCAAGCCGGUUUUUGGUGACCAUGCGACUGCUGCCUUUGACGCCACAAAGCUUGCAGGGUCCAAGGGUCCUUCCAAGGCGGCUGCACAUGAGCGACACGAGCAGGAAACUGCCGAGUUCCAGGCAUCCAAAUCGCAAUCGCGUUCCCAAUCUCAUUCACGUUCACGAACACGCUCCCAGACUGUAUCCCAAUCGCAGUCACAAUCACAAUCGCACUCACGUUCGACGUCUUCGCAAUCACAAAGAGAGAAGCGUUAUCAAUUUUACCAUCCUGUUCCUGAUUUCAAGGCGAUCCAUGCAACGCAGGAAGCCGAGCUAGCCCGUCUAAAGGAGAACAUUCACCCCACCGUGCCGUUGUCCAUGGUUUUGGAAACAGAUGUCCGUGCCGAGGAGCGGAGGAAGUUUGACGAGAAGCUGAAAGAGAAGGAGAGAGAGCUACAGAGGCAGGAGGAAGAACGUCGGCGACAGAGGGAGUUGGAGGAAGAGCGCGAGGUGAGAGAACUUAGGAAGAGGACCGUGCCCAAGGCGCACGAGAUCCCGGAAUGGUAUAACGAAAUGCCGAAGAGGAAGAAUCGGGCCCAGUAG